UGUUUUUUAUCUCCUCCCGUCUUAGGGUUAAAAUUCGCCACCGUGCCGCGCCUCCUUCUCCGCUUUCUCUCACAGACUAUUCCUCCGCUAUGUCUCAGGUUGACAACAGAAACUCGUCAGCUGCUAAGCGUGCUAGAACUGACGGGGGACGCAGAGAAGAUGAUUGGACCUGUCCAAGCUGUGGAAAUGUCAAUUUUUCAUUCAGGACUACUUGCAAUAUGCGUAACUGCACUCAGUCUAGACCUGCUGAUCACAAUGGAAAGUCUGCUCCCAGACCUAUGCAACCUCAACAAAGUUUCGCAUCACCAGGGAGAUAUUUAGGAUCUGGGAGUCCCUCUCCAGUACUUAUGGGCGGCUCUCCAUAUGGAUCCUCUCUCUUUAACGGGUCGUCUAUGACUCCUUAUGACGUCCCCUUCUCUGGGGGUUCUCCUUAUCAUUUUAACUAUAAUAGUCGAUAUCCAGCUGGUCCUCAUUACAGACCAUUCCAUAUGUCUGGACCACCUUCACCGUACCAUCGUGGAUCUAUGAUGGGAAGUGGUGGUAUGUAUGGAAUGCCUCCACCACCGAUGGAUAGGUAUGGCUUUGGGAUGGCCAUGAGUCCUGCUGCUGCCGCCGCUAUGAUGCCAAGACCAGGAGGGUACUUUGCAGAUGAAAAAUCACAAAAGAGAGAUUCAACUCGUGAGAAUGAUUGGACAUGCCCGAAUUGUGGUAAUGUAAACUUCUCGUUCAGAACUGUAUGUAACAUGAGAAAGUGCAACACUCCAAAGCCUGGGCCCCAGUUGCAGCAGUGUGGAAGCUCGGACAAAACCUCCAAUCAAAAGGCGCCGGAAGGGAGCUGGAAGUGUGACAGCUGUGGAAACAUUAACUAUCCGUUCAGGAGCAAAUGCAACAGGCAAAACUGUGGAGCUGAUAAACCAGGGAGUCAGUCGAACGGUUCUCCUUCCAAUGCACCAGAAGAUAACGAUCAGGUGUGUCAUACGAUGUAUCUAUGCGGUCACAUUAGCUCCUUAAUAAUUUGUUUGCCUCAAAAACUUGCAUUUGUAACAGCCUGUGUAGAUUUCUUGUCUUAUUCGUUUAUGAAAAUUUUUGCAAUCUUUCUUAGACCUUUGACUAUGUUAGAUUUAAAAACCCAAAUUUAGAGAGGAUAAAUAUGUCUGAUCGGUGUGUGUUUUGAAAUUUGUGGUCUGUUUCCAGUGAGUCGUAGACAUGUUUGGGGGUUGAGAAGGGUGUCUGAUACAGCGGGUGUCGGUAAUGUCAGUCAAAUGUUGCGUCAGGUCGUCCAUGUUGCAGCGGUCGUCAGGUUGCUUCUAUGCAUUUGUCUCUUUGUCCUCUCUUUGGGUCAGCUGUGUUGUACUAUUAAUGCAUAACUUGUUUGUUUUCAACUACUUUGUUGUCGUUAUGGAUCUUUGCUAUAGAAUCCUAUCGUCUCCUCGAAGUCUAUCCUGUUUACAUCUUGAGAUCUUCGUUGGUACUUUUGGUUAUACCGUGAAUACUUUCUUCGAUAUCUAAGAAAACUAACAAGUGUAGUAAACGGUGAAUCCGUGACAUAGAGGAGCAUAAUUACUUACUAUUCCAGGACGGUAUGCAAUUAGGCGCAGAGUUGGAUUCUUUUUGAAUUUAAAACAGUCCGUACUUCAUACAAUGAUCACCGACAUGCUCACAUGUAAUGUAAUUAAUGAAAACUGUUAAGGACAAGAUUAUACCAAAUUGAUAGGUACGGGUAAUCAAUGUCUCAGUGAUGUACGUUCCUUACUAUUUUUCUUUUGUUUCAUUCCUUUUAAGUUUGUAGCUUUCCUGGUAUGUUUAUAGAUAAUAGCCAAAUAAGAUGAUGAAAAAAAAGAAUGAACAUUGAUGGUGUGUCGUCU